AUGGCAGUGGAGUAUUCAUGUUGUGGUUCACAGUUCUUCAUAAGAAUCGCGAUAUGCAUAAUACUGGUGUUGUUUGCUGGGUUGAUGUCUGGACUCACCCUUGGACUCAUGUCCCUUAGUCUUGUAGAGCUUGAAGUUCUUGCUAAAUCUGGAACUCCAGAAGACCGUAAAUAUGCUGCAAAGAUAUUACCUGUUGUCAGGAAACAACACUUGUUGCUUUGUACCCUCUUAAUAUGCAAUGCAGCUGCCAUGGAGGCCCUUCCAAUAUUUCUUGACAGUUUGAUUACAGCUUGGGGUGCUGUUCUUCUUUCUGUGACUCUGAUACUCUUGUUUGGUGAGAUUAUCCCACAAGCUGUUUGCUCGCGGUAUGGCUUGGCAAUUGGUGCUGCUGUUGCUCCUCUUGUACGAGUUCUAGUCUGGAUUAGUUUCCCCGUUGCGUAUCCAAUAAGCAAGGUGACACAACCUUAUCAAACAAAUCAUCCACAUUUCUCUUUAUCUGAUUUUUCUCACAGAAAACACAAAUGUUUUGGAUUCUACACUGAUCCUUUCCUCGAUCUUUCUCUACUUUACCAGCUACUAGACCUUAUGUUGGGAAAAGAACACAAAGCAUUGUUUCGGCGAUCUGAACUGAAAACUCUAGUUGACUUGCAUGGAAAUGAGGCAGGAAAAGGAGGAGAACUUACCCAUGAUGAGACUACUAUUAUUGCCGGGGCUCUUGAACUCACAGAAAAAACAGCAAGGAAUGCUAUGACUCCAAUAGCAGAAAUUUUUGCCAUUGAUAUUGAUUCUAAACUUGACAGGAAUUUGAUGAAAUUGAUAUUGGAUAAAGGACAUAGCAGGGUUCCAGUUUAUUAUGAAAAUCCAACAAACAUUAUAGGCCUAAUCCUGGUGAAGAAUUUGCUAACUAUCAACCCAGGAGAUGAGGUGCCAGUAAAGAAUGUCACUAUUCGCAAAAUCCCAAGGGUUUCGGAGAACAUGCCUUUAUAUGACAUACUUAAUGAAUUUGAAAAAGGCCGCAGUCAUAUGGCUGUUGUCGUAAGAAAAGGGGACUCAGAACUGUCAACCAGCAAACAUCCACAGGAAGAGCCUUUGAGAGAGGUUAGAGUAGAGAUGGAUGGCAAACAACAGUCCCAAGAAAGGCAAUUGAGAAGCAACACAUCACUGAGGAAAUUGAAGAGCUUUCCACAGACUACCCAAGAGCUUCUAAGAGAAACUUCAAAAGGCAAAAAGAGGUCAAAAAAUGUGGAAUCAGAAAUUUUAGACAUCACAGAGAAACAACUUUCUGAACCCCCACAAAAUGGAGAAGCUAUUGGCAUAAUCACAAUGGAAGAUGUCAUUGAAGAACUGCUACAGGAGGAAAUAUACGAUGAAACUGAUUACAGACACGAGAAUUGAUAACACGGGUUCAGGUGGUAACAUAGCCUUUU